UCAUUUAAAUAAUUUCUCAUUGAAUUGUAAUACGAAACCGUAUGCUUAUAUUUUCUUCAGUGAUAUACAUAAAUAUGUAUAUAUGUAUAGAGUAGAUACUAUUUGUAUUUUAAUGUAAUGUAUGAUAAUGAAAAUAUACUAUACUAAAUUGAAAAUGAAUUGACCUUUAAGGUUUCUAUGAUAUUCUUCUAUAGCUUAUAACUACUGUGUUAGAUAUAUUAACUAUGUGAAAAACAUUGAAGAUAAUAAUCAUUGCUAAAAGAGAAAAAUCAUGUUUUGCCCUAAUGGUUCAAUUUUUGAUUUGUGGGUUAGAGAUACAAGUUCAGAAUGUUUUGUAGAUACAACAGCUGCCAGUAUAUUGUCAGUUUUUAUGAUAAUAUUCGGAACAGCACAAUGCUCAGUGUACAAAAAAUACAGUACACCCUUGUCAGAAGCUGUAAUACCACAAUCAAAACUCUACUAUUUACAGAUGUCUAUAACAUUCAUACUUCCAUUAUUAUCAAUAACAAAAUUUUUAGUUGAUGUCUACUUUUUUCAAAGUGGAGUUAUAUAUGGAUAUCAAGCUGUAUAUCUAGUUGUCAUAAUUUUUGUUUUUCCUCUUUCUGCAAAGCUCAUUUUAUUAGAGCGACAUAGCUUACUACCAUCAAUGCCUGCUAGAGGACAUGGUUUAGUUCUUUUAAUAUUUUGGACAUUAGUUUUCACAUCAGAAAAUGUUUACUUUUUAACUUUGAAGACAGAAGAUUGGUGGUUUCAUUUAGAAAAAAUCAAUAACAAAAUUAAAUUAGUUUUGUUUAUAAUGCAAUAUAUUUUGAGUUUGUUACUUUUUGGUUUGGGCUUGAAAGCUCCUGGGAUAAUGACUGCAAGGGAUUAUUUUAGUUUAAAUAACACAUCUGAUUUAUUUUUAGAUUCAGAUCAUGCGGAAGAGCAAUCUACAUGGAGUAAUUUCAAACGAAAGAUUACAAUACUUGCUCCAUUUAUAUGGCCAAAAAAAAGUUUAACUUUACAAGUUCGUGUAAUUCUAUGUCUCUUACUAGUUGUUGCUGGUCGUAUUGCUAAUGUUUAUGUUCCACUUUACAGUGGUAAAAUAGUUGACAGCUUAACAUCCAGUCCCCUUGUUUUCCGAUGGGACUUGAUCUUAAUUUAUGUUGGAAUCAAAUUUCUACAAGGUGGUCUAGGAAUGGGUUUUAUUAAUAACUUGAGAAGCUUUUUAUGGAUUCGAGUUCAACAGUAUACUAAACGUGAAGUUGAAGUUUCUCUAUUUAGGCAUUUACAUAGUCUUAGUCUUAAAUGGCAUUUAAGUCGUAAGACUGGUGAAGUAUUACGUAUUAUGGAUCGAGGAACUGAUUCUACAAAUCAAUUGUUAUCAUUUAUUUUCUUCAAUAUUGGUCCGACUAUUAUUGAUAUUUUAGUUGCAGUUGUAUUUUUCCUAUCUUAUUUCAAUUGGAUGAUGGGUACAAUUGUGUUCAUUACAAUGAUUUUAUAUAUAGCAUUAACAAUAAUAAUUACUGAAUGGAGAACAAAAUUUCAACGUCGUAUGAAUUUAGCUGAUAAUAAUAUGGAAGCACGUAGUGUUGACUCAAUGUUAAAUUUUGAAACUGUUAAAUAUUAUGGAGCAGAAGAGUAUGAAGUUCAAGCCUAUAAAGAGGCUAUUUUAAUCUAUCAGAGUGAAGAAUUUAAAACAAUGGUAUCUUUAGCUAUUCUUAAUACAAUGCAAAAUAUUAUUGUUUGUAUUGGAUUAUUAGCUGGGUCUUUACUCAGUGUUCAUUUUGUUGUUGACCUCAAACAAUUAACAGUUGGUGAAUAUGUUUUAUUUACUGUAUAUAUUAUUCAAUUAUAUGGACCUUUAAACUAUUUUGGUACAUUUUAUAGAGCAAUUCAAAAGAACUUUGUUGACAUGGAAAAUAUGUUUGAUCUAAUGAAUGUAAAACCAGAUAUUGCAGAUGCUCCUAAUGCAUGUGAUAUAGCACUAAAAGGUGGUCAAGUAGAAUUUCGUAACGUGGUGUUUUCUUAUCAACCAGACCGACCAGUAUUAAAAAAUGUAUCAUUCAUAGUUCCAUCAGGCAAAACAUUAGCUUUAGUUGGGCCAUCAGGUAGCGGAAAAACAACCAUUGUACGCCUAUUAUUUAGAUUUUAUGAUGCUGAUUCUGGGUCAAUAUUAAUUGAUAACCAAAAUAUUCAAACCAUUACUCAAUCAUCUCUUAGAAAAGCUAUUGGAGUUGUUCCUCAAGACACAGUAUUGUUCAAUAAUAGUAUUAAGUUUAAUAUUCAAUAUGGAAGAGUAGAUUCUAAUGAUGCUGAAGUUAUAAAUUCUGCAAUGGCAGCUGAUAUCCAUGAUAGAAUUAUGAAAUUUCCAGAACUUUACGAAACUCAAGUUGGAGAAAGAGGUUUGAAACUUAGUGGUGGAGAAAAACAACGAGUUGCUAUUGCUAGAACUUUACUUAAAUCCCCAGCUAUUGUACUUCUUGAUGAAGCUACAAGUGCUUUAGAUACUAAAACAGAACGACAAAUUCAAGCUGCGUUAGCUCAAGUAUGUACAAAUAGAACUACAAUAAUUGUAGCUCAUAGAUUGUCAACAGUAAUUCAUGCCGAUGAAAUAAUAGUAUUAAAAGAUGGAGAAAUUUUUGAAAGAGGAAGACAUGAUGAUCUGAUAGAUAGAAAUGGGUUGUAUGCAGAUAUGUGGUCAGAACAACUAAAAUCUAGCAAUACUAUGACACCAAAUAAUACUUCUACCAAUUUAAGCAAUAGUGAAAAUGAUUUGCCUGUGUCAAACAUUUAAAGAUUUAAAAAAAAUAGAAGUUUGAGUAAAGUAUAAUUUUUUAAGGGAAAUUCAAUCAUCCAAG